AUGAGCGAAGAUAGCGACAACUAUGAUAUGGACGCUGCAUCAUUUGAAGGCUCAGAUAUCGUAGAAGACUAUCAAUCCAGUAACCCUUCAGAAGCAUUCUCAGAUGAGGAUGUUGAUAUCGACGACAAUGACGCAUUCAAUCCCAGUGAAGCUUUAAAACCAAAGAAAUCAAAGUUUGACGUUGAUUACAAAAUAUACGGUAUUGAUGACAUUAUCAACAAUCAACAAUCAGAAACUGACCAAGUUUGUAACAUAUUUGGAUUACAGCCCCAAGAUGCUAUCAUUCUCCUUCGACACUUUGGCUGGAACAAGGAGAAACUUAUUGAGCGCUACAGUGAAGACCCGGACAGGAUAUUGAAGCAAGUUGGUUUGGCUCCGGGCACUUCAGCCGCCGCACAGUCUGAUUCACGUGCCAGCCCUUCACGCUUGAAGAGGGUCAAGGGAUUCACCUGUGAAAUCUGCUUCUCUGGCUCUGAAGAUGCUUCUAUUCAGACACUAGCAUUAUCUUGUGGCCACAGGUUCUGCUCAGAUUGCUGGAAAAUGCAUUGCGAGGAGAAGAUAAAUGGUCAGGGUGAAAGUCGCAAGAUUGAAUGUAUGCAGAGUGAUUGCCAGCUCACUUGUGCAACAAAGACUGUUAUGAGUGAGCAAAUUAUUGGCCAAAUAGUUUCAGAAGACGUCUUCCGGAGAUAUCAGAACCUUGCAAAUAAGACAUAUGUUGAAGAUAAUAGGAGAGGUUUGCGUUUUUGUCCAGGACCUGAUUGUGAAAACGUGAUCGAAUGUCAAGUUAGAGGUUCUGAUCUUGAAUCCUAUAUCCCAAUAGUACUUUGCAAAUGUGGACAAGUCAGCUGCUUUGGCUGUAGCUUCAACGGGGACCAUAGACCGGCUUUAUGUGGUGUAACAAACCUUUGGGUAAAAAAGUGCGAGGAUGAUAGUGAAACUGCUAAUUGGAUUAGUGCAAACACAAAAGAAUGUCCAAGGUGCCACUCAACGAUUGAGAAAAACGGUGGAUGUAAUCACAUGACUUGUCGCAAGUGCCGUCACGAAUGGUGUUGGAUUUGCAUGGGUGAAUGGAGUGCACACGGUACCAACUAUUACAAUUGCAAUCGUUAUGAGGAGAAGUCAGGUAAAGAUGCACGCGAUGGCCAACAAAAAAGUCGGGUUUCUUUGGAGAGAUAUCUUCAUUAUUACAAUCGUUAUGCAAAUCAUGAGCAAUCAGCUCGUUUAGAUAGAGAAUUAUAUACAAAGACUGAGCGCAAGAUGGAUGAAAUGCAAAAAUCUACGUCUCUUACAUGGAUAGAAGUACAAUUCGUUAAGAAAGCAGUGGAAACAGUAACGAAGUGCCGUAUGACAUUAAAGUGGACUUAUGCAAUGGCUUAUUACUUAGAGCGUAAUUCCAUGACAGAACUUUUUGAAGACAAUCAAGCCGAUUUGGAAAAAGCUGUUGAAAACUUGUCUGAAUUGUUGGAGAAACCGUUAGAUGUUGAAACGAUCCCAGAUUUACGCUCGCAAAUGCAAAAUGCUACAAAUUAUGUCAAGUCUAGGCAAAUUAUACUGCUAGAAGAUACUUUACAAGGUCAUUUGGAGGGUAGGUGGACAUACCACGCCGCGAUCCCAUCUAUUGCAUAA